CCGCAAGCCGCAGAGGAGGGCUUGCUGGAGGACCUGCUCGGGAUCGCUCCGCCGCCGCCGGCGGUGGAGGAGGCGCCGACGGCUGCGGCAGCGGAGGCGGCUGCGGCGGCGGAGGCGGCGGCGGCGGCAGAAGCGGCGGCGGCGGGCGCGGAGGCGGAGGCGGCCGCAGAGGCGGCGGCGGCGGCGGAGGCGGCUGCGGUGGCGGCGGCGGCCGAGGCGGCCGAGGCGGCGGAGGCGGCUCGGGCCCGCGAGCAGGUCGACGAGGCUGCGGACGAGGCGCUCGCUCGCUCGCUGUCGGGCCAGCUGGAGGGCGGGCGGGACGAGGCCGCUGCCGAGGCGGAGGAGGCGGAGGAUGCGGCUCUGGCUCGCGCGAUCAACGCGUCGCUGCUCGAGGCGGGGGGGGAGGAGGAGGCGGGCGAGGGCGGCGGGGGCGGCGGCGAGGGCGGGGUCGCCGACGAGGAGGCCGCCGUCCUCGAGGCAGACGCCGCCCACCAGCAGCAGCUCGCCGCGUGGCUCGCGCCGGGCGCCGACGGCGGCUCCGUCGAGCCCCUGCCCCCGCAGGCCCAGCGCGCCCUCGCUUCGGUCGGCGUCUCGCCUCCGGUGCGAUGGGCGCUGUGGAAGCGGCUGCUGCAGGUCGAGUCGAUGGUUCCGCUGGCGGCGGAGGCGGCCAAGGUGCGCAUGCUGCUGGCGACGCCGCUGCGAGGGGUGGCGGACUUGGUGGCGGACGUGCACACGGCGGUGGAGGCCGCGGUUGGACCCUGCGUGGUUGGCGACGGCGACGGCUUCCCAGCGGAGGCGGCGUCUGCGCUCGAGGAGGAGGGGGUGGCGGUGCUGCAGCUGCUGCUCAAGUCGCUCUCGCUCUCGUACUCGCCCGAGCUCGGCCUCGCCCCCUUCCUCGCCCCCCUCCUGCUCCUGGUCGCGCACGGGGCGGGGUCCGCCGCCCUCGAGGCGGGGGGCGGGUCGGUGACGCGCGAGGCGCUGCGCGGGCAGCGGUCCGACCUUUUCAACUGCGUGUGCGCCUGCCUCGGCCGCCUCUCCCCCGCGCUGAUGGCAGGCAAGCCGUGGGGCAUGCCGGUGACGGCGACGGUGCAGGGCCAGGUCCACGUCCCGGCGCAGCCGCCCAACCAGGCGCUGCUCCUCUGGUUGUGGGUGCUGCUCCGCUACUUGCAGCCCGCGCUCGCCCUGCACCUGCAAGCGGCCGAGCCUCCUCUCUCGGUCCGGCUGGGCCGCGCGCUCACCUCGCUGCUCGGCACGCACACGGACGCGGCGGCGCACCUCCGGCUGAUCGAGCUGUGCCUCUUCUCCAUCCCCGCCGAGGUCGCCUUCCCGCGCGCACACACGCCCGUCCUGCUCGUCUGCCUCCUCGCUCGGGGCAAGGAGUCGCUGCUCGCCAUGCCGCCCGACUCACUGCUACCAGCCUUCACGCAGCUGCGCCUCUCCACGCCGCGCGAGGCGCAGCUGCUGCACGAGGAGGCGCGCAGCUGCUGCACGAGGAGGCGUGCGCCGCGCACGCGAGCUUGCCGCACGGGCUUGCCGCGGCGGUCGCCGACGCGUGGGCGGCGGACCAGCCGAUGCCGCCGCCGUACUCCGUCGCUUGGCUGCAGGGCGACGAGCUCGACCCGUCCCUGCACACGCCCGGCCGGCUGCGCCGGUGGGUGGUCGACUUACGCCCCGAGGCGGAGCACAAGCGCGGCUGUUUCGCGCUGACGCGGCACCUGCCGCCGGCCGAGGCGACGCGGCCAGAGGCGAAGCGGCCGGAGGUGCGGGAGGCGGUGCGCGCGGAGCUGCGCGAGAUCUGCGACGACGGCGGCGUUGCUCCCGCGUUGCUCACGUCCGGAGACCCGCGCACUGACAAGGGCACCCCCGGGCUUGGGGCGCAGCUCGUCCGCGAGAUCGUGGACGAGUUCCUCGCGGACGGCUUCGCCAACCUCGGCGUGCUGCAGGGAAGCGGCUUCCACGCCCUCUCCCUCGAGCAGCGCAGUGCGAUGCUCGUCUCGGACGACGUGGCGCCCGACUUCUCCUCCCCCGGCCAGACCGACCGCCUCGCGGGCGCAAAGGCGGCGGCGGAGCGCGCGAAGGCGGAAGCGGCCAAGGCGGGCGAGAAGCUCACGCGCGUCUUCAGCUUCGGCCGCAAGCCGGCCCGCUCGAAGGCCGCGGGCGAGGGCGGCACCCCCUGACGCGCGAGCUGACACGCCAUCUACUGGGGGCCGUGACUGUGCGGCUGGGUGUGCAGCAUCUCCACCCCGUUCGACUUGUCCGUGCAUUAGCCGCGCAGAGUUUCGCGCGAGAGAGAGCAGAGUCGAGAGAGGAGCGCACAGCCACAGGGUAGUAGCCAGUACAAGCUUGUUUAGAUUGGAGCCGUGGAGAGAGAAGUGAGAAGACUUGUGGAUUAAAUGACAAGUCA